AUUUAUAUUUCCUAAAAUGUGUUAUUGACCUUAAGUAGCCUAAAGUGAGAAAACGUUGCACUCACAACCGUUUCAGAGAGUUCAAUAGUUUGACAAUUGUUUAUCCUGUUGUCUGCUUAGUUAGAAUAUAUGAGCCGCACGAGCAAGUCCUUGAGAAAUGGGGAGGGUCUUUGCGAAAUUCAAGCCUAUCACGUCCAGCUUCGGCAUCAGACCCACCUCCAGCCAAUUACCAAUCGCAAAAUGUAUAUAUCAUAGGUUAGGAAGCAGGGCAUGUGUUUGAGACACUGGUAGGGACUCUUGGAAAAAAAGACAAGGCAAUUAUUUCCGAAGGUUAACGAUAAAAUCAUUAACCCGUGACUUUUACUAAAAAUUAUGCCUAUUUCUUGAUAUAUUGAAAUUGAUGGUGCGUUUUCCAGAAGUCGCUAGACCUAUUGUUCUAUGAACUUUAGAACGUAUUAUUUAGUUAUUGGGUGAACAAAAAACGGUAGGUGGACGAAAUGUUGAUUUGUGUGCCUUUAUCUCAAAAUCGUUAAACGCGCUUUCAUUCCACUCGACUUGAAACAAAAGGGGCACGGUGAACCUAUGACAUUGCGCAUACACUGAGACUGGGGCUGCACAUGGGCGGCAUAGGUCCCAAUCUUUAUCUCAGUAUGUUGAAUGGGACUGAUACGCAAACUUUCGGAAAAGACACCGAAAUCAACAAUCACCUUCAACGCAGCAAGGAUUUAGCGGAGUUCAAAAUGGGAAUUCAGGACACCAGGUUAUAUUACCAAGACGCAAUUCAAAACGGACAAGACGGGUUGGUACUGCCAUACCACGCAGACCAAACUGUGGCAGGUUUCGGAGCACAACCCGGGAGGUUUUACUCACCAACUCCCCUCAAUAGCUGCCACUUCAGCAGUGUCAGGUCGCCAACUAGAAACGGAAUGGGACAGACUUAUUUACCGACGGGAGGCGACGGUUUCUCGACAACUAGCAAAGAAGUUUACCCUGCCUCUCCAGAGAGUUAUUCCGCACCCUUUCAACACGGGUACCCUCGCACUCCGCUCUACCCAUUACCUGGGCUACAGGUGUGCGGGAAGACGCAGGCUCUCCUCAACAACUAUCCUCUGUGGGCGAAGUUCCACAAAUACCAAACGGAAAUGAUCAUAACGAAACAGGGACGGAGGAUGUUCCCCUUCCUGAGUUUCAACAUCAGCGUUCUGGACCCGUCAGCCCACUACAAUGUGUAUGUGGACGUGGUCCUGGCUGACCAGCACCACUGGAGGUACCAGGGAGGCAAGUGGGUCCAGUGUGGCAAAGCAGAGGGCAACAUGCCAGGGAACAGGAUGUAUAUGCACCCAGACUCUCCCAACACAGGGGCUCACUGGAUGAGGCAGGAGGUGUCGUUUGGCAAGCUCAAGCUCACCAAUAACAAGGGCAGCUCCAACAACGUUGCACAGAUGAUCGUGCUGCAGUCACUCCAUAAGUACCAGCCGCGGCUGCACAUCAUUGAGGUGAAGGACGAUGGUUCUGAGGACCCCUUCCUCACCACCAAGGCCCAGACUUUCAUCUUUCCGGAGAACCAAUUCAUCGCUGUCACAGCCUAUCAAAAUGCAGACAUCACUCAGCUGAAAAUAGACCAUAACCCCUUUGCUAAAGGUUUCCGGGACAGUUAUGACACGUUUUGUCAGGAAGUAACACCUCCCCUGCCUAGGCUGUAUGCACCGCCUGACACGGACCGCCUCACCCCGUCCCCCACCGAGGGCCAGCAGUUUUUGCCGGGGACCUGCUACACACAGGGGUACCUGACGGACCAGUACAUGAACCCGCUGCCCCAGAGCCGAUUCUACAGCCGGGAGCACAUGGCUGCCAUGGGCCAGCAGUCCAAAGACCCCUCAGCCAGCCCCCACAGCCGCUGGUACCUUUCCCCCCAGCAGAGUGUCACCUCCAACCGGCUGGACUUCAACACCUACGAGAGUGACUUUGCUAGUAACAGCUUCUACAAGCCCUUUCCCCUGCAGACGUCGGCCCACCACGCGCUGGGCUACUACGGGGACAGCCCCUUCGCCUCUGCCAGCGUAUCCGUCUCGGGAGCCUCCUCAGCAGCCUGGACCACCAGCCGACCCUCCCCUCAGUACCUUAACCACCCCCACCCCAGUAAAGCCGGCCCCAGUCUAGGCUGGUUCAGGCCUGUGUCCUCUUCCAACUCCUCCUCUUCAGGUCCCGCCAGGCUCCACCCCCCAUCCCUGCUAGAGCCGCUCCGCCCCCCACCCCCACUACAGGACAAGCCCAAGGAGGUGGGGGGAGAGGACCCCUGGCUGGAACCCCCCUCGGUCAAAUCAGUGGACUCGGCCGACUCCGGCCUGUUCGAGAGUGGGGUAGAGAGCAAGAAACCGCGAGUGUCGCCCUACGCCUCUAGCACGGAGAACUCGCCACCCACCCGCAGUGCGGAGGUCUGUGAAAAGGACAGCAGUAGUGACGCCGGCUACUACGGCUUUUACACCCACUGAGCCCCCCACCCACCACGUAAAUACCCUCUCCUAGUGUCCUACCCGAUCCUCUUUGUGCUUUAGUAUCUCCCACAUGGCCGUGUGUCUCUGCCUGUCCAAUGAAGUCAUGUAAUGGCGCUGGACUGGAGCUCAAUUGGCUACGGAAGUCCAACAACAAAAGGGUGAAGACAAGUCAGAUAUCUUGUACCUCAGCUAUUUUCACACACACACACACACACACACACACACACACAUAUAUA